UGUGGUGAAAACAUGGCGUCGGAUAGCGACAGUGAAGAGGACUUCGUAAGUUUUGGAACUCCUUUGGAGCCCUUGGAGGAAGAUGAGCCGGCCCGUAAGCCCGUCCCCGUGCACGAGCAGACGGUGAAGGAUGAGAAGGGCCGCUACAAGCGCUUCCACGGGGCCUUCACCGGGGGCUUCUCCGCAGGGUACUUCAACACCGUCGGAACCAAAGAAGGAUGGACUCCGUCUACAUUUGUGUCGUCUCGACAACAGAAGGCGGAGAGACCGAGUGCUCGGCCUGAAGACUUUAUGGACGAGGAGGACCUGGGUGAGCAUGGCAUUGCUCCGCACCAGAUCAGCACGACUGCUGAGUUUGCUUCGGGAGCGACUGAUGACAUCACAAAGAGAGCUCAAGCCAUCCGAACACACAGCGCCCCCAUCCCUGGAGACACGCUACUACAGGAACUGAUCGCACCCGCCAGGACGUCUAUCGGGGUGCAGCUGCUGAGGAGGAUGGGCUGGAAGGAGGGCCAGGGGGUGGGGCCUAGAACCAGGAAGAGGAAGAAGAACUCUGCUGCAGACGCAGGCCAGAGGAUGUAUGGCUGUGCACUGCCACAACGGGGAUCUGCAGAAUCGGAGGAGGAGAGCGAUGAUGAUGAAGAGUUUGCUCCGGAGAACGUGACCUUUGCCCCUAAGGACGUGACCCCGUUGACCUUUGCGGCCAAGACGGACGUGCGGGGGUUAGGCUACCGGGGACUGGACCCGUCUCGCGCGCUACACGGACUCACCACCAGAGGGGGCCACAUAGACCUCUUCUCACCACACUCAGACAGGAGCAGCCAACUGGGACUCACACACACACCACACACACGCAGGCCCGGAGUUUCAGGACAGGCGUUUGAUGAGGACGAGGACAGUGUGUAUCAUCGUGACUCGAUGUCCAACUAUGACUCCAUAUUGGGAGGGGAGGAGCCAGGAGACGGACUGUUCGGAUGGACCGCCCCCCAACAAUACAAGAAGAAGAGAGACUCUGGGAGGGAUGCAGCGUACUUGGGGAAGAUCCUGGAGGGCUUCACUCUGGCAUCCAAAGCAGAAGAGGCCAACACGGUCUUCCCUCCGCCCGUCCUGCCUCGUGACUAUCGCCCCGUUCGUCGUUUCGCCCCCCUGGUGGACACGACUGGCCUAACACCCAUACUAGUCGCCGCACUCAAGGAGUCCCGCGGUCACAUGACACAACCGCAACAGGCCAUUGGUCGACACCAGCUAGACUCCGCCCACAGGAGGGAGAUGCUGGGAGAAACCUCACUGCAAGGUCCCAGUUCUGUGUUUGAGUUGUUGCGUCCUGAAGAUCAGGAGAAGCUGCGGAAGGCAACCAACCAAUCAGCAGCGCCGGUCGAGGGGAGGCGGGACCUUCCUGACCCCCACAGCCAAUCGCAAUCGGGUCGUCCGGCCGAGGGGAGGCGGGAUGCUCCGGACCUCAGCAGCCAAUCAGGUCGUGCGGCUGUGGUGGCAGCAGCUAAAGCCUCGGCCCUGCAGGCACUCAGCAGCAGAUUCAGUUCUCAACACCAGGGGGCAGCAGACACACAGAAGGUGGUGGUAGAGAGCCAGGCGAUGGCUGCCUGGAGCUCCCCGACUGCUGACACUAAAAACACCUUCAAGCCCUUCGACAAGAAUCCACACAAGCAGGCGCGAUACGACCAGUACCUCACGCUGCUCAAACAGGGACACAGGGAUGCGUUGGAGCGUAGUCUGGACGUGUGUAUGACGGAAUGGGAGCGCGGGAGAGAGAGGGAGGAGUUUGUCCGCGCCGCCCUGCUCUACAAGCCGUCUAACUCCGCCCUCAACAGCCGGUUCACACGCAGCCGAGACGACCUUGACGACAGCAGCGUAGAGGUCGCACGAGACACAGAGAAUGACGUGGAUGACAAGGAGGCAGCUGUAAAGAUGAAGAUGUUUGGCAAGUUGACCAGAGACACAUUCGAAUGGCAUCCUGACAAACUACUCUGCAAGAGAUUCAACAUCCCAGACCCAUACCCUGGGUCGGGGGUGGUUGGGAUGCCCAAGGUGAAGAGAGAUCGCUUUUCUGUCUUCAACUUCCUCACAGUCAACGAGAGCCCAACAGCAGCCUCCUCCUCGUCCGCCAGGGGACAGGAGAAAGAGAAGGAGCGGCAGGAGAGAGGAGGUGUGGAUGCAGCCAGUAAGCGUUCUCGCUGGGACGUCUCAUCGGCCCCCCCUGCAGGCGCGGAGGAAGAUCCACUCUCGCAGCUACUCAGCCAAGCACGCACACAGGCAUCACAGGGCACCGAGGCCACACAGGGUGUAGACAAAACUGAGGGAGCGAAGGAUGACGAGAAAGAAGAGAAGAAAGAAGAGGAGGAGGAGGAGGAGGAGAAGAGGCCGCCUAUGGACCUGUUCAAAGCCAUCUUCAGCUCCUCAGAAUCCUCAUCAGAGGAGGAGGAGGAGGAGGAGGAGGAGGAGGAGGAGGAGGAGCAGAUGAAUCAAGGUGCUGGGCAGACGAGACACAAGCCACCAGAGCCAAUGAGCUUCAGCAGGACACCACAGACCAAUCAGGAGACUGGGGAGGCGGGACAUCAGCCACCAUCAGAGCCAAUCAUCUUCAAGAAACCUCAGGCCAAUCAGGACAGUCAGGAGGAGGGACUUAAGCCACCAGGGCCAAUGAGCUUCAGCGGGACACCUCAGACCAAUCAGGGGACUGGGGAGGCGGGACAUCAGUCUCCACCAGGGCCAAUCAUCUUCAAGAAGCCCCAGGCCAAACCCCUUACCCAGGAGGAGGAGUUUGGACCACGACUACCCCCGCCCGCAUCAGGAGUAGCCCCUCCCACUCCUACAUCUACUGGAGAGGAGAGCUAUAGGCGGCGUAGUAAAGAGAAGCACAAAGCCAAGAAAGAACACAAACACAAGAAGGACAAGAAGCACAAGAAGAAGAAGAAAGGGAAGCAUAAGAAGGAGAAGGAGAGAGAGAAGGAGAGGAAGAGGAGAGAGAAGAGGGAGGAGUGCAGCAGCUCGUCCAGCGAUGAAGACCAUGAUGAUGAAGAUGACGCCACUACAGACGAACUGCUCAGGAGGUUGAAGAGCAUCAGGGGGAAGGUGUAGUUGGGUCCUGUGGCAGCGAAGAGAGAGUGCGUGUGUGUGUGUGUGUGUGUGUCUGCGUGUGUGUGUGUGUUUGUGCGCGAGUGUGUGUGGGGGUGUCUCCAAAGAGUGUCCUUGAGGAAACUGAAUAAAGUGAUUUUUGUAAUAGACACAUUAAAGACUGUUUGUGUUUUUGUUU